AUGGCAUCCUUCUUUCAGCCCGGGGUCAACGACCCUGCCCAAACCGAUUGUGACCCAGUGGGAGGCGUCGCUUUCAUCAUCCCUCUCAUCUACUUGACCAGCCUGCUCAUCUACCGGCUAUGGUCAGAUCGGUCGCGGAACCGUACUCGAGUACGGAGGAAGAAAGAUGGUCCUGGACUGGAAGGAACUAAGAAGCUGCCUUCCAUGUCAGCCUUCAAGGCGGCCAAGUCCUUUCAGAUCUUGAGUGAUUCCGAGAGCUCUUUGGCACAGCGCGGCCAACUACGUAUUGAAACCCUGAGGCUGCCUCCAGCAGUCGGCGCAGAUAGGGGCAGCGUGACAAGCGAGAGCGGCUCCAUCUCGUCAAAGGCAGAGGGGUCAGAGUCCGAGACGGACAAGAUGAGCAUUGGCUACGUCGAUCUCAAGACGCUUGCUGGAGAUGCCCUCAACGUGUCUAGCAUUUCUGCUACAGCUCAGAAGCUGUAUGAUACUCACAAAUCAAGCAACUUGCCCGCAAUCGCCAUUCGCUGCGACAAUGAUACGUCCGCCGAUCAGGUCAAUCACCUCCUCGAGAUCCUUCACUGGAAGGGUGUGCCGGUUAUCAUUCUGGCCCACCACGACAUGUCCAUAUGGGACUCGAUUGCCCUAGGAAACGCGACCGGUGUCAUUGUCGAGAGUGCCUGCAUUCUUCCCAACGGUGAGCGGCGCGAUUACUUCAAGGCACGACCCCUCCAGACCCUCAUGUCCAGGUGCAGCACGCAGAGAGAAACCCGACCUGAUUUCUUUGUUGGAUUCAUGGACCUGUGGGAGAAGCGACCUCACCCCUCGAUUAUUCGCAGAAGUGUGAAGCUGGCGGAGCACUUUGGCGCUGUCAUGGAACACGGUCCUAUCGAUCCCAGUAUCAACUAUGGCGGCCCAAUUCGCGCUGCUGCAACCACUUUGAGUGGUUUCGAAUACUUGCGCCGAGGCCCUUUGAUCGAUCUUCAAAAAUUCUGGAGCACCGAAACGAGAAAAGUCCGAAUUGCACAAGAGGAUGAGGAUGUGUCCGAUAUGGCGGCGCUGCCGCUUGAUGGAUUAAAGUCGGUCAUCCCCAAGAUAGAUGAGUGGCUCUCGUAUGAGCCAAUGACCGAUGAUCUCAUUGCAAUGAGAGACGAGGAGCCGACUUAUCUUGAUGCGCCUCCCUACGAAGCAGCGGCACCCUUUCGAGAGAACUUCUGGGAUAUCUCUUGUCUAGGGCAGCGUCAGUCUCAGCGAGGAUGUUAUCCCAUCGCAUCCGAGCCGACUGCCGCCCAGUACGACGCUGUGGUCAAGACGCAGACCCAUCUCAAGGAGCUCGGUAUGCUCCAACCGUGGAAGGGUGCUGAGAUUCACCGUCUCGUUACGGCUCUUCGUACUCUUACGGAGGCUACACCAUGCCACGAACUUGUCCACGGGCUGAUCGAAGGCCUUCAGACACACAGAAUUGCCAUUUACAAGGGCCUGGAUACUGGCUUCGGUGUGGCCGACGGCGUGUCCUAUUUUUGGGGAGUCUCCAACGCUCGCGAGGAAAAGGGUGGUACCACUGAUCAUGCUCUCGAUAUUUUUGUCUCUCUCAAGGUUCCGAAUGAUGCUACCACCAUCCUGCACACUUGGCUGGCCCACCACGGUCUUCCCCGUGUUCAAAGAUUCGAACUGGAGCACGAAUUCGAGCGGGCCAACAAUCUCAAUGACAAGGACAUUCCCAUCAGCUUGAAGACGGGCAUUGAAAGACUGAGUCAUGCUGAGACACUGAAUCUUAUCCAGCAGAUUCGCGUCUCCCAGCUAAACCACCCGUUCUGUGACCCUCUGAUCGAGUAUGCCCGCGUCACAUUGAUUGACGAUGCAUCUCGUUUUGCGUGGUACCACAAGUCCGCACUGAAUACUCUGGCCGACUCCAUGAGCAUUCGUGAAAUAUUCCAAGCGAGGUUGGAGCAUUUUGCUCGGGCUGGGGCUAAUUUCCUGCCAACUGUGGAUGGACUCGUUGCGCUUUAUGAGCACAUUGAGGUCAUCGUUGAAGAGUCACUUUUCUUCGGUAACAGGGAACCAUUGAAUGUCAUGACCAAUGCUUUGCUCGAAGCCUGGGAUCCUGAAACCUCAGGAGAUGGCUACGAUUAUGUCGAUGUCAACGCAGAUUUAUUUGCGCUCAUCUUCUUUACCUUGCUCAGAAAGGCCGCCUUUGAGGACGUCUACAUUGAGGCGACGGACCGAUGCCCAUUCUUCCUGUCUCUACCUGAUCAAGCUGCCGUCUUCUCUGAGCUGUGGGUUCUUGGAUCGCAGUGCGAGAUUUACUUUGGUAUUCUUCCCCGUGCCCUCGGAGCUAUCGUCUACCGCCGCUACCGUGCGUUCUUGGGUGAAGCGCCACCAAGCGGAGAUUCUCGCAAGAACAAUGAAGUCAUGACAAUGUACUCGACGGGCGAUGUCCAGCCGAUUAAUCCUCCCAAGAAGGAGCGCCAGCGCGACGGUUCCACCAAUGCCAAGCUAACGGGAACCGAGAAGCUUGAACUCUGGAGGAAGAGAUUUACUGAACUUGGCGCCAUGUCCAUCUUUUGUCUUCCGGCCAUUAUCGACGUCAUUCUCCUCACCUUUGUCGGCCGUGGUGUGUUCAUGACUGCCUUCAUGGACCCGACACACCUUCAAGCAGCCAGUCUUGCCCUGCUCAUCUCGCUGCUUCUCACAUCCGGUGUUACUGGCUGGGUAGGAAGCGUGGGUAAUUACUAUCUGGUCAACUUUGCCUAUGACAAUAUGAUCUACUUCCACGUCGAGCGGCUCUCAGGUGGUUUCGUGCUCAGCCUUGUCAUUGCAGUCUGUGGUAUAAUUGGAUUCUCAGUCCAGUACAGCGUUGCUGUCGGCUUCAUCUUUGCGGCAUACCUCAUGAUCAUGGCCACUUAUUUCAACUUGCUCGGAAUAAUGUCCACCAUGCAUCAGCACAACAGUCCUCUGACUUCUGGUCGUACUGUCCUUUGGAGAACAUUCCCUCUCUUCCUGGUCUCACCACUUCUUUCAGCCCUUGUCAAUGGAUAUGAUCUGCCAAUCUAUCUCUCCGUUACUUUUGCUUUCGUUUUGUUGGCCGUCUACCAGUACCGUCGACUCUGCCAGGAGUGGACAUCGUGGAUGCAGAACAUUCCCAAGUUUUCCGAGAAAGAUGUUAUGCAAUGGUACGAAUCUUCAGGACUGAUGCCUACCGAGGAGGCUACCGAAGGCGCAGAGGAAGGAGAGACGAGCAACAAGGACAAGGACUCACAGGAAGCCUUCCGUGUAGCAGUUGCCGCGCGACGACGUGGCAUCAAGGGAACAACCGGCCCUGAGAAUGAGGCCUUUGUCUCCAAGGUUGCCGCUGGCAUGCCUUAUAUUGACUGGCUUUUGCAAAAGACCUGUGCUGGAACCAAGAUACCUGAUCAAUUCAGUGCCUCAUGGUUCACUCAGCUCGGUGAAUCUAUCAAGCAGCAAAAACAACUGGCUCGAGGACUCAAAGAGCACAAUGUUUUGCUGCUUUUCCGUUUUGCUCGGUACGAUCUUGGACAGAAUCUUGGUCUUUUCUUGGUCGCACUCAUGGAUCGUUGGGUAGCCAUUGUCAUGGGUGCUCGUUUGCCUCACGGAAGUAUGUACCUCGACUCUCGCUCACGAUAUGGUCUCUGUUUUUGUGUCCUGUACUUCUGCGCAUCCGUCAUGGUGUUGGACACUACCCUCCAGAAAUACUGGGAGGUGCGAUUCAAGCUUUCCGGGGAGAGGUUGGUCGACUACGAGCACGCGAAGCAGGUUUCUAGGGAGUGGGAGUCGAAGCGUCUCAAGACUUUUGGCGUGGCUCUCAGGGAACUCUUCUACAAGAUCUUCUGCGUCUUCGGUCUCUGCACACUCCUUCUAUGGCUUAUGGUUGAUAAUCCUCGAAGCAUCAUCCUCUACUACUGCUAUAUUCUGGGUUAUACUUGCGUCAUCUUGUUCCAGUUCAACCGUUGCUUCACCACCAACGUGCGCGCACACAUCACCAUCAUUCUGUCCUCAGCUGCCAUCGGUUUCAUUGUGGGAUGUAUCCUGCGAGCCAUUCCUAGCACUGCCGGUUGGCUGUGGGCCGAGGUUAUGGCUCAGAACGUUGCUGCCGUCCUCGCUGCAAUUGGAACGACGCUCUGGUCAUGGAAGGACUGGAGCUCGCCUACUCCCAAGGAGGACAUGGAUGAGAGCUCUGAUCCCAAUGACCCUCAGAUGUUUAUCCAGACCGGACUUAGUGCUGAAGCAAACUCUGCCGUCAAGGUUCCAAUGGCCAAGUUGAAUAGUCUCAAGGGCACAACUCUUGUUGAUGAUAACGGCUCCUUUACCUCCUCUGAGGUUGCCAAGCUGCUUCGUAAGAGUAUGGAGGAGCCAAACAUGCAUUCUUCUGCGGCAUCAUGGUCCGACACUCUCCUUCAGAGGACGGUGAGCCUGUGGACUGAGCGCCGAAUCAUCGUAACCAUCGCCAGCCGUCAACAAUUCGUGCGCAUGGGAAUGGAAGACAUUGUUUCAGUGAGCCAAGUCAAGCCUGGCACUCUGGAAAUCACCGUCGGUUUCCUUGGAGACUCCGAGGUGCACCGUCCAUCUUGGCAACCCCUGCUGGCUUCUCUGAUCACCGAAGCCAUGUUUUACCAUGUUGCCCGUGCCGAGUUGCACCUUACCCAUGCCCAAGCCGUCCGCUCUGAGCACUUCCUCCAUGAUACUCGUUCCAUGUCUAAGAGACUAGACUUCGAGCUUGCAUUCGCCGAUGCAGGCAGUCUGACCCGCAUGCGCCUAAGAACCAAUGUUGAGCUCAUGAAGCACCUUUGCCUGGACGUUGCUGUCGACGCGGAAUGGGAGUCGAUGCCUCAGUGUGUUCGCGAAGCUGUCAUCAACCGUAUCACUGGAGAUGAGCUUCUCAUCACCGAGGAGCUCACCCAGUGGGUUCAAGACAACAACGUUGACAUUUCUACCAUGGACUUCCAUAUUUACCUCUCCCUCAGCAUUUACCAGAGGCUUUGCGAGAAGCGCCAGUCGACCCUGCCAUUCUCCAAGGCCAACCAGACGACAAAGCUUCCUCCCCCAGCCUUGAUGCCGGUCAAGAUUCAACGCUCUCGUGGCCCACAGAGCUUGGUGCAGCACUGGCUGCGAGCAAGUGUCUCCAUUCCCUUCACCUUCACCAAGUGGGUUGCAAUCAUUUCUGGUGCUGGUCCUGACAUUGAGCGUGAGCUUUGGUACUGCUUGAAGGAUGUCUACUUCAAUCGCUUCAUCCUCCGAGUCUUGCUGCAAAUAUGGAGAUUCUGCUCCUUCGUCAAGGAUCUAUGGGUCUACAUGCUCAUCAUCUAUCAACGCCCUACACUAGUAUCUAUCAGCCGAGUCGCUCUCAAGGGCUCUCGACGUAAGCUGCUACGCACUUCCAUCGUUGUUGAGCUCCCUCGCAAGACCAUCACUGGCUUUUCCUCUAUCGACGAGUCUGGUUCUAUGAAACUGGACGUAUUCGAUGGUUCUUGCAAAGAAGCACCUUCUGAAAAGAAGCCACUGUUCACUGCUACCUAUGACAGCCAUCUUCGUCUUCAGACGCGUUGCGAUAAUGGUAUUACAUCUACCUACAACUACCCUCCUAAUCCCAAGUUCAAGUGGCCUCUGUCCAAGGAACUCUCUGAUGAGGGAUUUCACACUGUUGGAUUCUAUGACAAACAUGGACGCAUCAGCCGGGGUACACUAACGAUUGAAGACAAUGAGUUUGCUUUCCAGUAUCACUACAAGGCCACCCCCAAGGGCAACACUGAUAUUCUCUCUGCUGACUUCAAGCUUAUCAACGACGAGUCAGACGAUGUCCUCUCCGUCUUCUGGGGUGUUCCUGUGCUCGGUGAUUAUUCCAACUACGACUGGGUCCCCUCAGAACGCAUCAGCCGUCUCGUCAAGGUCAUUGACGGUAAGACUUACGUUACUGAAGCCGAAUACCGCCAUCGCCGUGACCCCCUCAUUACUACGUACCUGCAAGAACAGGAUGGUCGCAGAACUGCUAUUGCCCGCUCCCCCAAGAUCUUCAAUGAGGAGGCUCUCUUCCUCGCUCGUCCUAAUAACUUGUCCUUCGACAUGGACGACCUCCUGGUCUAUCACAACAGGCUUCAAGUGUCACAGAUGAGACGACACUCAGGAAGGAAGCAAACAUUCUUUUCUUACAUCAACCCGGUUAACUGGAUUGCUUCAUGGGGUACACGUGUUUACCUGCCUGUCCCUACCUGGCAGAUCCGCACUGAACUCUGGAAUCUCUGGCUCAAGACUGAUACCCUGGACGCACCGACUGCAUGCUGGCUCGAUGAGCUGGUGCUGCGUGAAGAACCUCGCCUCCGUGCUUACUGGCGCGCUCGCAACAGCGGUCAGCUGCGUGAGGCCAAGCAAGCGCUUGACAAGGAGAUUGAUCAGAUUGUAUCUGCCAUUGACAUUCAAACCGACGUCUCUGAAGUGUGCCUUUUACCCAUUCGAACCACUGACUUGUACACUAUGGGUCUUGGAAAGGAUGCCACCCAGGUUACCACUCGCCCUGAAGACUGCUUCAACGAUACCAAGGACCGAGUGUCGGUCAUCUUCAAUGAUAUUGGAUGCUGGCCGGAGGCCCCUGGUGGUGUGUCCAACUGCCGAAGAGAUCUGGUCAAUGGUCACAGCACUAUUCGCAACCACGUGUUGGCUGAAUGUGCGAACGACUUCGGUAUUCCUCGUUUCCAGGUUGAGAAGAAUGUCCAGUCAAUGAAAUUGCUUCCUCUAUGGGGUCUCGACGGCAAGAGUGCCUAUCACGGCUUGAUCGACAACUUACUUCAGAGCCAGGUCGAUGAGAAGGUCCGGGACACCGAUGUUCAGCGAGAUAUCGUUGGUGUUUUCAUACCCUUGCUCAAGGCCUUCGUCAAGGGAGCACGUACCAGGAGCUACUCGCGCGCUGAUCUCAUCAAGUACACCAAUGUCAUGCUUUCUUUCUGCAAAUACUACGAGCGCAAGGACUACAGCCGAACAUGGUCAUCUCCCGAGGUUGAACAGGCUUGGGUUGAUGCCUGGCUGCUUCCAUAUGACGAUCCGAACAUUAUUGACCCCGCCAAGGCCUUCGAUAUGGAGCGGCCAACCAUGGCUGACUUCCGCGAUUGCCUGGGAAUCUAUCUUGCCUAUUUCUUUAUCUUUUCCGUGAAGAUCCCCGAGAGAUGCCCUCGUGUCUUCCAGAGUACCCAUCACGGAAUCAGCAGUCUGUUCGGGAUGAUUCUGCGUUAUCGUCGGGGAACAACCUUUGGCAUCUGGGAUCACGCCAUUCUCUGGCGUGAGUGCUGCUUGAACAUCAGUCCUGCCCAGUGUGAGCUUCCCAUCUCUGUUCAGACCAUGCUGCUUUCCGGUAUUGGCCUUGCCACCCGUCUCGCCUACUUCCACGCCGACGUCAUCAUGCCCUGCACGUCGCUUUUCAACCCUAUGUGGGAAGCCGAGAUCGGAACUGAUCGUGGAAUGCUUGGUAGCAAGACCGUGUUCAACCGACGCAUCGACCCUAUUGUCAAUGGUAUCAGCAACAUGGAGUCUUUCACCCCUGUUGACAAAGUCCGCACUGAAAAGCCCACGGUGGUCAUGUUGUCCAACGUUCAGUCCAUCAAGGGUAUCAAGACUGCCAUUCUUGCGGCCAACAUCAUCGUGAACAAGUACGGAUUCAAAGACUACUCACUAGUCGUCUAUGGAGCCAAGGAUCGACAGCCAUCGUACGCUUUGGAGAUGGCCAAGCUGAUCGUGGAAAACAAUCUCUCUGAAAAGGUCAUUCUAGCUGGUUUCGGUAAGCCCAAGGAAGUCCUCAAGGAUGCUUGGCUCUUCAUGAAUUCGUCCAUUUCCGAGGGUCUUCCUCUAGCUAUCGGAGAGGCUGCCUUGGCUGGUGUGCCCAUCGUCGCUACCGAGGUCGGAGCCACAGCCUUGGUGAUGACAGACCCCGAUGACCAAGAUAAGCGGUACGGAGAAGUCGUGCCCCCCAAUGACCCUCUGGCCCUGGCACGCGCUCAGCUCAGCAUCCUCGGCAUGGUUGGUCCUUGGGCCAAGUUCACUGAAGAGGCUACCAUUGAUCCUGCGGCGGCUGCUGCUGCUGUUCUUCCCGAUGAGAUCACACCAGCGGACGUUGAUUGGCUCACUAAGCGUAUGUACGCCAAGGUCGAUGAUCGUCGCAAGCUCGGUCUCCUCUCGAGAGAGGUCGUCUUGCACAGUUUCCACGGUAAUCGCUACCUCCGUGAGCACGAGCAGAUGUACUGGAUCCAGUGGCACAUUGCCCAGAUGCGUGACGACAAGGCGUUGGCCGCCACUGCAGCUGAGACCUUCCGGUUCGGCACCAUGGAGACGCUCCGCUACACAGAUGAGGAUGAUGUUUCUUGCCAAGACGAAAAGGAAGCAAUAGAGGAGCCGAACGCCGUCUUGGAAGACGAGGAGAAUCAGCUCGUCCUGGAUGCACUAGAGAACAAGACUUCCAUGGACAGGAGGAGACUGAGCAAGCGCAAAACCAUGAACACCGCCAAGCGACUCUCACUGGUCCGAUGGCAAGAUUUCAACGAACCUGAAGAGAUCACUGACGAGAAGAGUCAGGCGGGAUCGAAGAGACUGAGCAACGACCCCCAUCAGGUCGACGCUACCAGUCUUGUCUAG